GGCCGCGGCUGCCACCGCGACGGCUGUCAGAGCUGGAGAGGGGCCGGGCAGAGCUGCCAUGGAGCGUCAGCGCUGGCUGCCGCUGGAGGCCAACCCUGAGGUCACCAACCAGUUUCUCAAACAAUUAGGUCUACAUCCUAACUGGCAGUUUGUUGAUGUAUAUGGAAUGGAUCCUGAACUCCUUAGCAUGGUACCCAGACCAGUGUGUGCAGUGUUACUUCUCUUCCCAAUUACAGAAAAGUAUGAAGUAUUCAGAACAGAAGAGGAAGAAAAAAUAAAAUCUCAAGGACAAGAUGUUACAUCAUCAGUAUAUUUCAUGAAGCAAACAAUCAGUAAUGCCUGUGGAACCAUUGGACUGAUCCAUGCUAUUGCCAACAAUAAAGACAAGAUGCAUUUUGAAUCUGGAUCAACCUUGAAAAAGUUCCUGGAGGAGUCUGUGUCAAUGAGCCCUGAAGAACGAGCCAGAUACCUGGAGAACUAUGACGCUAUUCGAGUUACUCAUGAGACCAGUGCCCAUGAAGGUCAGACUGAGGCACCAAGUAUAGAUGAAAAAGUAGAUCUUCAUUUUAUUGCAUUAGUUCAUGUAGAUGGGCAUCUCUAUGAAUUAGAUGGACGGAAACCAUUUCCAAUUAACCAUGGUGAAACUAGUGAUGAAACGUUAUUAGAGGAUGCCAUAGAGGUUUGCAAGAAGUUUAUGGAACGUGACCCUGAUGAACUGAGAUUCAAUGCUAUUGCUCUUUCUGCAGCGUAAUGUGUUCGUAAUGGAAACACCAAAUACUGUAUUAUCAGCAACAAAAAUUCAAUGUCUGCUGCCGUACACUAACUAAAAAUUUUUGAUAUUUUCAUUAACUUGACUGAUUAAACUUUAUGUGACUUAAA